CGGCGAUUUUUCCCGUCCCGCGCUCGUUGGAGCAAUUUUCUGGGCUUGGGCAAUUCCGUCCGACAGCGCGGAGCGCGCAAUCGAGAUGAACAAACAACACGAACCGCUCUUUAUUGUCGUGUAUUUUCUGGAGGAGCGCGCGCAUUUUUACCGUCGUCGUCUACGAAAGAGCUGUCAUUUGGCAUGCCAGGCGUCUUAAUGAACGUUUAGGGGUCAUCAAGGUUGAGCGUGGCGGCGCGGCGACGGUGGGAGGCGGCAACCAGUGGUUGCCUAUUGUGUCACCCUAUAUAUAACGGCACCCGACACCCCACGCGGUAUUAAGAACGUUCACCGCAUCCGCGGUAACAUGGUUUCCAGUUCUAGCAAGGUAUAUACGCCGCCGUCGAGUACUCCGUGUGCGCGAGCGCGUUGUUCAUGGUGUCCGAUCUGAUUCGAUCCGAUCAGCGAACCGAGAUUCCAGCUCAGUCUCUCAGUCAAUCUGAACGCGCACGAUCCGAUCGAUCCAUUUCGAGCGAACGAUACCUUUUCCGCGGGAUUCGAUUAUUGGUGCUCGUGGGAAAGUGCGCGCUUACGUCUUCAGGGACUCGUUCUGAGGAGCAUUUUCGGAGAGCAAACUCGAAAGGAAAUUCGUUUUUCGCGGAAUGUCUAGAGUGACAAGUGUGCGUGUGGAUACGAAUACGUGUUGAGAAAGCCUUGCGUUGUUUCGCGUUGUUACUUCACGAAAGAAAUCGAUGCUCGAUACGAGUACGUAGUUCGCGUCGCGGAUAGCCGAAGCUCGACGCUUCAUGUAGUUUCUCGCUUCGAAUCGACGUAAAUGGAUAUGCGAUAUUUCACAAGCGAUACGCAUAGUCACACCUCACGGUUAUAGUCGCGUCAUCGCGUUUUCUUUCGCGGAAAGAACAGGAAAUCACGCAUUUUGCUUUUAAGAUGACGCCAUGGCUGAUGGCAUUCUUCUGUCUGGCGACCGCCGGCUGCUCGAACGUCACGGACCAGCAAACCUCGGAGACGCAGCACGAUCAUCAAGUGGCGAUAUUGAAGCAGAUCAGGAAGGUGAACGACGACGGUUCCUACACGUACGGCUACGAGGCCGGCGAUGGAUCCUUCAAGGUCGAGAGUCGCGACGUUUUGGGCAACAUUAAGGGCACAUUCGGUUUCGUCGAUGCUGAUGGUGAGAUAAAGAGAGUCUCGUACUCAUCAUCAAACGGCACCGGUUUUAAGUCAACCACGAUGCCGCCGAUGCAGGAACACGUGUCGGUCGUGCAGAGCAUACCGCGAGUCAAUCGUACGUCCACGUCCACGAGGAAGCCGAGCAUCGUGUAUGCCACCACGACGGAGGCGUCGACCAAGUCGUCGGUCGUGCAAUCGAUCCCUCGAGCGCGGAAAACGACCAGUACCAGUACUACAAGUACCACCACCAGCACCACGGAAGCGCCCAAGACGAUAUUCGGCCACUAUCUGAAGGGCACGUUGAAGAGCAGGCCGCGUUUCAUCAUCAACGGUCAGCAGAGACCGAUUGUGAUAGAGGAGCCCGCCGAUGAUGAAGACUCGCAGAUCAACCGACCCAGCACGGAUGACAAAAGCGGCGUCUAUCGCAGGAUCGUAUUUGCCAAGCGACCGAUCGAGCACAGCCUGCCACCCAUCUCCGACGACUUCGUGGAGAAGGAGGACGAGGCUAAGAUCACGACCGGGAACAAUCUCAGGAGACAACUCCACGACGAUACGAAACCCACCGUAGAUACUGGUGACGAUCACUCCGAUGUCUACGGCGGCUCUCUGUCCACGACGCGACCUCUCUUCACCACGACCGUCCCGUCGCGAGUCCUGCAGGGGAGAGUCAGCAGCACCACCGUGCGCACGGACCGACCGAAGAUCUACCUGAACCGAGAGGCUUUAGGGGCGAGUCGACUCGAUGGACCAAAGUACGAUGGAACGCGGCUCUACGAGACCGAGACGAAGCCUCCUCAAGAAGAACGCGUGUCCUCGCAACCGCUUCUGCUGCGCGGUACCACUCCCCGGAUACCUCUGGACAGUCGCGACUACGCAAGACCGACGAGCACCGAGUCCGCCUUCCUGCGGCAGCAAGCUGAUCAAUAUCUGCGGGAACUACCGCCCAGGAUACUCGUCCAGUCCCAACCGGGGAAUCUCGAUGAAGAAGGAAUCUACCGAGCGAUACCGAUCGGCAGGAUCCUGUUCAGGCCGCCGCCGUCGCCGAACCAGCAACCGAUCUAUCCAACCGCGUCCACCACGGACGCAAAUGUUCAUUACUUAGCGGAGAAUGCCGGCGUGGCGGAUCCAGAGGAUGAAGCACGGAUCGCGAUGAACGCGAACUACGUGCGUCCGCGGCCCCUGAUGCGGCCGUUGAUCUAUCCGGAAGCUGAACAACGUGAGCGGCCAGUUCUGCGCCCGGGGCCGAGCGCGCUCGCGCGUCCAGAAGACAGGGAUUAUCAAUCGACCACGCCCGAGUAUCCUUAUCGUACCUCCGGAGGUUUGACACUGCCGCCGGAACCACCGAACCCGAUCGCGCCUCCCCUCAGUCGACGCGACUUCCAGGCGUUGCUGAGGAGGUUGCUGGUGAGCCAGUACGGUGUGCGGGCGCUUUCUUACCCGAAGAGUUAUCUGGAGGACGCGCUGUACGACCAGCAACCGUACCCAUCGUAUCCGGUGGGCUACCAGACGCCGAUCCCACGACCCCCCGAGCUGGUAUUUGAUCAGCAGGCGCAAUACGGCGACCGCGUAGCCCUUAGACGUCCAUUAUACCCCAGGGCAUUGAAUCCAUUGUACCAGCAGUACGACGAUUACAACGAUGGCAGGUAUAAGCGCGUGUACAGACAAAAAUUCUACGCGGAUGUAACAGACGAUAGUGACGAGAUCUUGCCGGCACCAAUCAGGGAGGCGUUGCUGUUGAGAAUGGUGAACCUGGCGAUCAACGCCGAGCGGACGACGAUAAUGCCGACGACCAUGGUGACCAGUACGACUACGCCGGUGUCGAGGUACAGGAAGACGGGCCCGGUCAGGAGCGUGCAGAUCAUCACGGAUAACGACGAGGAGAAGGACAUGAGGAAGAAGAUGUAGCGACUUAGGAAACUCCUCGCGAACGAGUAUUAAUCGCUGCAAGUGAACUGCGAGCUAAGUUGUUAUUUGUAGCGUUUUGCGUAUCGUAGCUAUCACGUUAUUCUCUGUGAGGAAGAGACGCAACGAAACUCGAUAAGCAACUGCGCAAAUGUAUUGCAAUACUUUAGAUGUAUUGUAAUUGUUAGAGAUAUCUUUCUGCAAUCUUCUUCUGAUUUCUACGAUCAUAUUGCUCCUUGACUUUGGAAAUUUAAAUAAUGUCAAGAAGGAGACGAAUCCAAAGUGUUUGAGCGGCAAUACCCAUAGUUACUCACACGUACAUAUGUUUCAUGUUUCAGUUAUUAAGUAGAACGAUAUUGAAUUCUCACGGUAAUAUCUUUAAGCAUGACAAAGCAGCUUACGUCAACGAUAGCGGUUUUUUUCUGGAGAACGGAUAUGUCCGUCUGCGAGCAGGGACUCACCGUCGUGUGUGCACGCGACGGACGCAUUCGUGUCGUUAAUGAAUCGAAUCAGUUUCACGAGAGGGAAAUCGUCGCUAUACGCGCAGCCCGACCUAUUUUCUGCACGACAGUUUCCCAGGGUUCGCCGACGCGCAUAUCUAUCUUUCGUCGUCGCAUAUUUAUAUCUACGGCUAAUAAUAAUGAUAUAAUGGAUGCGGCUGAUUAAGGAAUCAUGUGUUAGAUAAUUGAAUUUUCUCUUGAGAAGGAGUACCGUUUUCUCGUAUGUUUGUUAACUGCCGCGUAUGUAAUUAAAUGUUUCGUACGUUGCAAAAGUUUUGCGUUCUAAAAUUAUGUCGCUUGAAAUGAAUGAAUAACGAAAGGAAAAAAUGUCGAAAUAAUUGAUAUGAAAUCAUCAGUAACUGGUUCCAGUCGAUUCAGACAGUUUCAAUUCUCUUACAAUGUUACGAUACUUAUGUAUGUCUUCAUAAUUAUAGCAUAUCAUGUCCACAAUUUUGGAGAAACUUACCGCACAACGUAAUCACGCUGAAACGAGAAAAAAAUUGGAGCUGGCAUUUACUGAUGAGCGUCAAGUCACUGGUGCACCAUACUUGAGCCAUUCCGAGAAAAAUCCCACGAGACGCCGUUCUCCACGCGGAGUACACGCAGGAUACAGCACCCAGUACGAUUCUCUAGCCCUUAAGACACCUCCUACGCGUGCUCCUUGCUUGCAACUGUAAAUACGUUACGUAAGAGUACAUAGUGUGAUAUAUAUACGCGUAGAAAUAAAGAAAGAGUCGUACGCGCUAGACUGAGGCGUUCUGUGAGAACUCAUUUCAUAAGUCCCUGAGAGUUGGCGUUACCGGGAAAGAAUAGUAACGCGUCUACUGCCGGUAAUUAGCGUCGCGACUUGCGACACUCUCUUGCCUGCGGUCUCCCUAGAUCUGCACAACGAACUUGCAUAGACCCACGGAGCGAGUAUGCGACCGAGGCCGCCAGGGAUCUCGGGACUAUGAGAUCUCGUGCGGUUUCCACGCGGUUUCGGAGAGUUCUCGCUUGUUCUCUGUCGAAAACUGCGAACGUUACGUACGCGCGACGUCUUUCACGCCCAGGACGAAAGCUUUGGAGGCCAACGAGUAUCGCGCGGCAAAUGUUCCAUUUGCACGAAUGACGGAAUAAUGGCUAGACGAUGAUCGAUUCGAUGACAAAAUAUCAUGACGAAUCUAUUGAUGAUAUGUACGUAAUUGAUUCAUCGGAGGAAAGAGAAUAGAAUAAUCAAUCUUUAUACAUCAUGCUAUUGACGUUAUAAAAGUAUCCCGAGUUCUUGCAUCAAUAUUACAAACAUUAAGAUGUUAAAAAAAGAUCAGACUAGUAUGAACUUCAAAUUUUGUUAGAGAAAUGCAAACAUAUGGCUAUUAAUAAUUAAUAUAAAAGGAAAUGGUAACAAAUUAUUAUCCCCGGGCAUGUUCCACGCGAACGAUAAUCGCCAAGCCAAUGUUGACUCAACACUCGCGCGGGAAUGUCGAUCAAACGAGUUCCGGCGCGUAAAAAACCGGCGUGCGAAGUAUCUCAAAUCGCGGCGAAUGGCAUGGCGUUUUACGCGGAUACCAUGAAUAACGGCUCGAUUUUCGCGCGCCCGUGCGCGCCGGAUAUGCACGCGUGCACGUGAAAGGCCACGCCGCCGUAAGAGAGACACACUCGUGCCGACGGUGAUCUUACACACGUACGUCUUCCGGUAUUCCAUGCAUGCAUUGGCUGACGUGUAAUGACGUCCCCGCGACGAGAUUGGCGUCGAUAAGAGGACAGAGCCCGCUCGAAGCUGCUCUAAUUAGAGCGCCGCGACGUUUAUAUCCGCUUUCCUCUCGCUCUUUCUACCGGACGUAGAAAGUCGGAGGGCGCACGCAUUGUCUCACAGAGCGCGCGUAACGCGUACGUCCGUAAUACGAGUUGGGAAAUAAUGGAGAAAAUCGCAGCGGUUUCGAUGAGGCGAAACUUCGACAAUAACGGAAAGCGAGCGUGAUCCGAGGCAUGGAAUACGAUGCUCGGUACUCUCCCGACUUCCCUCGCAUCGAAUUUCUACGUGACGCAUACAAUGUCGAUGCUUUUAUCGUUCGUCGACUUUCCACUCGCGAGGAGGAUUAUCAGUCGGCACAUCUACCCGUCGUUACCCACGGCAUCGUUUCGCAACAAUUCUAUCUGGAGCAGCGGCAGCUCAAAUCAUACUGCAUCCUGCGAAGCUCGUACACGCUGCGACUGCUCAUGACAAAAUGAUUAUUGAAAUGGUCAUCGUAGUAAACUCAUGCACAAUUCCAAAUGUAAUAAAUAGGACCUAGAUUUUUAA